AACCUUUUUCCUUCCCCAUCCCGUUCAUAUGGUGCGUUGACUUCCUCUGUCGCCGAUAAAGUGGAGCUAUCAUGGCGGAGCGCGUACAGCAGCCCCCGGCCAAGCGGCUCUGCUGUAGACCGGGAUACAAUUCAACAUGUAGGCAAGGACAGCGGGCCUCGGGGGCGCCGUGCGGAGCCUCUGCUUCCCCCGAGUCGAGUAAAACCCUGAACCCGGAGUCCCUGCUGGACAUCGCGGCGAGAAAAGUCGCGGAGAAGUGGCCGUUUCAAAGGGUAGAGGAGCGUUUCGAGCGGAUCCCGGAGCCCGUCCAGAGGCGGAUCGUUUACUGGUCUUUCCCGAGGAGCGAGCGGGAGAUCUGUAUGUACUCGUCGUUCAACACCGGGGAGGAGAUCGGAAGUAGCGGGGAGAGCAGCGACGAGACGCGGCUGCCGUUCCGACGAGGCAUCGCUCUGCUGGAGAGCGGCUGCGUGGACAACGUACUGCAAGUCGGCUUUCACCUCAGCGGCACAGUCAGGGAACCUGCAACCUCCUCGGAGCCCGAGCUGCUCUGCAACGUCAGCGUGAGCUUCGACCGCUGCAAAAUCACAGCAGUGACCUGCAGCUGCGGAAACAAGGACAUCUUCUACUGCGCGCACGUGGUGGCGCUAUCGUUGUACCGAGUACGGAAGCCCGAGCAGGUCAAACUGCGCCUGCCCAUCUCAGAGACUCUUUUCCAGAUGAACAGAGAUCAGCUGCAGAAGUUUGUACAGUACCUGAUCACAGUUCACCACACCGAGGUUCUGCCCACGGCUCAGAAACUGGCGGACGAGAUUCUGUCACAGAACUCUGAGAUCAACCAGGUUCAUGGAGCUCCAGAUCCGACAGCUGGCGCCAGCGUGGAUGACGAGAACUGCUGGCAUCUGGAUGAGGAGCAGGUUCAGGAACAGGUCAAGCUCUUUCUGUCGCAGGGCGGGUACCACGGCUCAGGAAAGCAGCUCAACUUACUCUUCAGCAAGGUGAGGGAGAUGCUGAAGAUGAGGGACUCAAACGGCGCUCGUAUGUUAACGCUGAUCACAGAGCAGUUCAUGGGCGACCCCAGACUGGUGCUGUGGAGGCAACAGGGGACGACCAUGACGGACAAAUACAGGCAGCUGUGGGACGAACUCGGUGCCCUGUGGAUGUGCGUCGUCCUGAACCCUCACUGCAAACCUGAGCAGAAGGGCUUCUGGCUCCUUCAGCUUCGCAGGUGGAACAGCAUGGACGUGUGCCCCUUGGAGGACGGUAACCAUGGCGCCGAACUGACCAAUCUGACCAACGCUCUGCCUCAGGGUCCCGCAGGCAACCCAGACUCACUGACCCGGCCUCACCGGACGGUCUUCACGCGAGCCAUUGAGGCGUGUGACCUGCACUGGCAGGACCCCCACCUGCAGCACAUCAUCACUAAGGACCAAUACACCAACUACUGUUACCAUGACAACCUCGACAGUUCCCUGUUUGACGCCCGGGGGUGGCCGCUGUGGCACGAGCAUGUCCCGACUGCGUGUGCCCGAGUGGACGCUCUGAGAUCGCACGGUUAUCCCAAGGAAGCACUCAGGCUCGCCAUCGCUAUUGUCAACACACUGAAGAGACAACAGCAGAAACAGCUCAGCUUUUUCCGCACACACAAAAAAGAGCUGCUACAUAAAGGUAUAACAUCCAUCACCAACCUGGAGGGCUGGGUGGGUCACCCUCUGGACCCCAUCAGCACCCUGUUCAGCACCCUGAUGGAGACGAGGCGAAGCAGGGAGGACGGAGCCAACACUUUGGUGGACUCCUCAGGCUCUCCGGGUUCAGGCAGAAGGGCAGAACUUCCUGUUUACCCAGCGCAGCAGGGUUUCUUGGAGGACGGCGAGUCGUUCGUGUCGCUGGCGGUGGAGACGGCUCUGAUCGGUUUGGGGCAGCAGCGCGUGAUGCCAGAAGGACUCUACGCUCAGGAGAAAGUGUGUCGUAAUGAAGAGCAGCUCCUCGCCAGGCUCCAGGAAGUAGAAUUAGACGACACGUUGGUGAAGAUCUUUCGGAAGCAAGCUACCGUCCUGCUCGAGGCUGGUCCUUACAGUGGUCUUGGGGAGUUGCUCUACAGAGAAAGCGUCCCCAUGCACACGUUUGCCAAGUAUCUGUUCACCUCCCUGCUACCUCACGACGCUGAACUGGCGUAUAAGAUUGCAAUGAGGGCCAUGCGGUUGCCAGUCCUCGAGUCCACGUCUCCCUCGGCUGACUUGUCCCGGCCUCACCACAUCGUGUCCGUGGUUCCAAACCGGCUCCCUCGUUGGUUCACUCUCAGCCACAUCGAGACACAACAGUGUGAGCUGGCAUCCACCAUGCUCACUGCUGCUAAAGGUGAUGCUCUCAGACUUCAAACAGUGUUAGAGUCCAUCCAGAAGAACAUCCACUCAGCAUCCCACAUCUUCAAACUGGCACAAGAUGCCUUCAAGAUUGCCACCCUGAUGGACAGCCUGCCUGACAUCACGCUGCUCAAAGUCUCCCUGGAGCUGGGUCUUCAGGUGAUGAGAAUGACGUUGUCUACCUUGAACUGGCGGAGGAGAGAGAUGGUGCGAUGGCUUGUCACUUGUGCGACUGAGGCCGGUGUUUUUGCACUAGACAGCAUCAUGCAGAGCUGGUUUACUCUCUUCACCCCCACUGAAGCCACCAGUGUCGUGGCCAGCACGGUCAUGUCCAACAGCACCAUCGUUCGCCUGCAUCUGGACUGCCAUCAGCAGGAAAAUCUGGCCAACUCCGCCCGUACCCUCGCCCUGCAGUGUGCCAUGAAGGACCCCCAAAACUGUGCCCUGUCGGCUCUGACGCUCUGUGAGAAGGACCACAUUGCCUUCGAGACGGCAUAUCAGAUUGUACUGGACGCAGCCGCCACAGGAAUGAACUACACACAGCUGUUUACGAUAGCGCGCUACAUGGAGCACCGCGGCUAUCCUAUGAGGGCUUACAAACUCGCAACAUUAGCAUUGACUCACUUGAACCUCAGCUACAACCAGGACACGCACCCGGCCAUCAACGACGUGCUCUGGGCGUGCGCUCUCAGCCACUCACUGGGGAAAAAUGAACUGGCAUCCGUUAUCCCCCUGGUGGUGAAGAGCGUGAAAUGUGCAACCGUCUUGUCGGAUAUUUUGCGCAGAUGCACGCUAACCACGCCGGGCAUGGUGGCUCUGCACAACCGAAGGAACUCUGGGAAGCUCAUGCCUCUGGAUAAGGCUCCCCUCAGGCAGCUACUGGACGCCACGAUCGGAGCUUACAUCAACACGACGCACUCGAGGCUGACACACAUUAGCCCACGCCACUACAGCGAAUUCAUCGAGUUUCUUAGUAAAGCCAGAGAGACUUUUCUCAUGGCUCAUGAUGGGCACAUCCAGUUCACACAGUUCAUAGACAACCUGAAACAGAUAUACAAGGGCAAGAAGAAACUCAUGAUGCUUGUUCGAGAGAGGUUUGGUUGACGGAGAACUUAACAACCAAAUCUGCCUGUUUUUACUUGAGUCUCCUUUUUUAUCCUCUUUAACUUGAAGUUAAAAUACUCCUAAAGCAACAUUCAUGCAAAUCCUAUUCCUUUGAUUUGGCACUGAAACGGCCAAAUGACCACAACUUCCUGAAGGCAAGUGGUUAGACUAUGAGGGAUAAAAGUUAGUCAUGACUUUUAAUGAGAUCCUUGGUUGAUUUAAGUCAGGGAUGUCAAACUCAGUCACAGCAGGGGCCGGAUUCUGGAUUUGGGUCUAACCUGAAAGCCUAACAGGGUAAACCUUCAACCAUAAACUUUCAUUCUCAUUUUCAUCAGAAAUGAAUUAUUGAAUUAUUAUGGGGUUAAAAAAAAACUUGGCACUCAUGAAAAAUGAUUUGGAGAUUAAACAAAGUCAAAAUUAUAAAUCU